AUGAAAAAGAAGGCGAAAGAGUCUCUGGAGCUGAGCCAGGACGAGUCAGAGGCCGCGUCGAGAAUCGUCGUUCCGGUUCAGCGACCCGGCGAGUCGAGCAUAUACAAUAUGUUCUCUCUUAGAGGCAUCCGAGUCGACCGAGCCCAACCCGGACUCGUCGUCUGUACUCUCAAGGUCCCUCCCCGCCUCACUGAUAGAGCUGGAAAUUUGGCCCAAGGUGCAAUUGCAAACCUUGUUGAUGUAGUUGGUGCUUCUGUAGCAUAUAUUCACGGUCUCCCUAUGAAUGUUUCCGUAGACAUAUCUGUCUCCUUCAUGUCAAAGGCAAAGCUUGAUGUAAGCAACCCUUCUUCGACAUAUACAGUGAUCCAUAGCAGCCACUGAAUUGUUGAUACACGUCUAACAGUCUUUCUUGAA